AUGAAAGAUAUUGUAAGUAAAUAAAGAUAUCAGGAUGUUGAGUAAACUUUGGUUUUCACGAGAUAUAUAAUUGCUGAUUACUUGUUCUCAAAUCGUGUGCUCACUAAAAUGAAAACUCGUGAUAAGCUUACGUGUUUUGUAGACAUCUAAAAAUCCACAUGAAAGCCCAGUAAGGGUGUUACGGAUUUCAAGUAACGGGGAGGAUCGAAUGGGUGCAAAAAUCAAAAACAAAACAAAAAUCCGUAGGGCUCCCAAUAACCCCCCCCCCCCCCCCCCCAAAAAAAAAAAAACCCGGAACCAAAAAUUACCCCCCUCCUUUUUUUCCCAAACAACACCGCCGGGAGACCCUGGAACAACCGUGUACCAAAAAACUUAAACAUAUUUUUAACAACCCCAAAAAACCCACCUUAAAUUCAGCCAACCAAAAACAUAAUUACAAAAAUUUCAUUCCCAAAAAAGGGAUCACAAGUGUGUCACCCCCCUCUCAAAACUAAAAAACACCACAAAAAACCCCAAAAGGGGUUUCGAGUUUUAAAAAAAGGGGGGGAGAGAAAGGGGGAAAAAAAAAAAAAAAAAAAAAAAAACCCCAGGGCCCCCCAAAACCCCCCCCCCCCCCCCGCAAAAAAAAAAAUCCUCGGACCAAAAAUUUACCCCCUUACUUUAUUCGCAGAACUACGCGGCUGGGAUACGUCGGAACUACAGUGUACCAAGAAUCUUCAGAUUGUUUUGAAUACCCCAAAAAAUCCCUACUUAAUUCAAGCCUGCCACCAAAAAAGAUAUUUGCAAAAUUUUCCUACCCAAAAAAUCCCGGAAUUGAAAAUUUCAAACCCACAAAAAAUCCUUCGAUCACUCCCGUCACUUGAAAUCUGGAGUAUCCCCCUGGGCGUAAAAACAGACAUCAAAUUUUGCAUACUUCACCCUGGUUUUCGUACAUUAUGGUCUUCAGGAUAAUAAUUUGUUGACGAAUCAACACUUUCUUCGCUCUAUGAUCACUUGCUUCAUUCUCAUGGUGUGUAGCUUAUUUAAAUGUAAAUAGUUUGAUGAGAAAUUUGAUCUUGGUCAUACUCUAAGUGAUUUAAGGUUUAGCAGUUGUCAUUGUUUUGGGAUUGGGAGAUCAAUAUAUUUAUCUUAAAUAUAUUAAUCUUAUCUCCAGGUUUUCUAAUUUGCAAUUUUUCAUUGCUCAUUUAUGGAUGUGAUAGUUGCUAAAAAAAACACAGGCAAAUGCCAUAUUUAAAGGCUUAUUUCCAAAGCGAACUUAACACUUGCAUGAGAUACAUCUUGCUAACAAUAAGACCUGGACAACCUAUUGCAAAGCAGCAAUAAUUCUGAAAUGCAGAGCAGAGAGAUUGAACCCUAAUGGAACAUACAAGAAAGAAAACAUCUUUGUUUGAGUUAAAUAGAAAUAUGUAUGUAAAAAAAAAUGAGUUGAAUUGAAUUGAAAAUGCCAAGACUUGCACCAAGAGAUCCAAAAUAUUCUGACCUCAUCAGUGUAGAAAGUACAUUGAAAGCACUCACGUUGCAGGUGAUCUAGAAACAGUAUGUAUACAUGCAAAUAAAACACCACUUGGACUGUAUGGGCACCUUAAUAUGAAAGAACAAAGAAAUUAGGGUAAUGCGUCAACAUAUGUGAUUGAAAUUAUUAAAUUUAAUUUUCAUUGAUAUACAACCUUAGACAAAAUUGUUGGGACACUUUUAAAAUGGUCCUUAUUAUGUGAUGUUCAGGGACCACGGAGCAAGGUGAAAAGUGGGAGGGCUGACUAUUGAAAAUAAUUUUUUCAUAUUGAAAAUCAAAAAAAGGAAUAAAAUCAUAGUAUUUUAUUUGUUUCUGUCACGUGACUUUGCAUACUUUAUCCAGUAAUUGUUGCUCUUUAUAGGUCGGCCAACAUACACGGUCAGUUCAGAGUCAAUGCAAGAAAAGACGCGAUUACAAUUUUAGUAUAGAAAAUACUACACUGAAGUGAUCUGACAAAUUUCUAACUAUGGCCGUUCACUGUUCAAGUAAUGUAAUUCUUCUUGCCAUCGAAUAUUUCAUUGAUACGAAAGGAGAAAGACAAAAUAUAAAACUUUUAUCAACUCAAAACAACUACUCACCUUCGUUAGGCUUGAAAAAGCUAGUAAUUUUCUUCAUUUUGUCUGAUAAAGCUGAUAAAAAAAAACUCUGCCGGAGCUGGAAGUACAAAACACGCUGCCGAACGAAGUGAAGGGGUGGCCAAGGCAUGGCCUUUGAUCAAGGAGCAAAAAAAAGCACAGGAGCCCCACAAAAUGCCUGGCGUUUGAAAUUAAAGAAAAUACAGAAAAUAUAGUGGAAUAUAGACGGAAAAAAACUUGUUUCAAGUCUUUUUUUUUUAUUUUAAUUAUUUUUCCUUUUAGCGCAAAAAAGUGGUGGGGCCGCGGCCCUACCAGACCCUCCCCCUCCACGGUCCCUGAUGUUAAGGUCAAAAUUUCUGUGAUUUUGAAUUUCUAUGAAAGGGUAAUGGGGUGCAGUCAUGCUUUGACUAUUUUUGAAUCCCCCAUAAUACACUCAGUUUGCCCCCCAAAUUUUGCAUAAACAUUUGUUUUCGAAUGCUCCUGAGAAUAUGGCAUUUUCCCAAGAGCAUUUGAAGACCAUAACUUAUGCAAAAUUUGGGGGGAAAACAGAGUGUAUUAUGGGCAAUUUGAAAAUAGAGAAUUGGGUUGUGUCAAAUAUCCCUGUGAAUAAUGACUGAGACUCCUGGUUGAUGAUGGUGAUUAUACCCCUUGUGAAGGCAAUUUACUUUGAUAAACAUUAUAACAAGAUAACUACAUAUUGAUUGUGGCUUUGUUGUUUCUAAUUCAAGACUUUAUCUUUUCCAGUGUUUGCUUAAGAAGCCCAAUGCAGUCAUGUUCCAGAGGUUAGCAGUUCAUAGCUACUCACAUUCUAAAUUGUCUCAGCCCUUUUUUGCUUCAAUUUAUUUAUUUUUAAUGGAGAUAGAAAAUAUUUUAAAGUUGAGACUGACUGUGAUUACUGUUUACCCAAAGUAGGAACAACUGUACACAGUAACUCAAAGUUGUCUGUAGUUUCCUACAUGUAACAGUAUUUUUGAAACCAUGAUAAACACUAAAGGAGCAAUCCCUAUGUAAUUGGAAACUAGUCCAGCAACUUCAGUCUGGUAUACCCUUAUGGUCAACUCCCAUUAGCAGAAACCUGUGCCAGUAAAGUGAUUGGCAAAAUAAUAUAACAACAAUACAAUGUACAUUCUUAUCAAAAGAGUAAUGCAUGAAUCAUAGGUAAACAUGAAUUUAAUUUUAUGGCAACUGGUAUGACAAUACACUAAAUCCAGUAAAUUCUGUUUUCAUGCAGAAAAAAUAUAUUGAGGCCAUUUGAAGAUCACACCUCACUUGUAAGUAUUUAUGCCUUUUUCCAUGUCUUAAUCCACCACUGAACUGAGACGAAUGACUCACACAGGAACGUACUGAUCAUAACGCCUAUGCUAAACCAUAGACAGGGUAUAUCCUAAUAUCAUAUUAUUACCUGUUCCCCAUGCCUAGGCCCACUGGUAAUACUUUACUAAUUACAACAGGAGGAGAAAAAGGCAUAAGAAUUCUAUUUGCCGGCAAAUAUUUCCUAUCUGUACUUCUGUAUACAGAAUGACUUUGAUCUUCUUUCAGGAAUUCUUCAGUGUUAGAAAUGAUGCUUCAUUAUUUAUCUUUGGGUCUCAUUCCAAGAAAAGACCUCACAAUCUUGUUUUAGGUAUGUUUUUUCAUUCUUUGGAACACUUGACUCUCAUUCCUUGGAACAUGUCAUGCUAUAAAAGUAAAAUACUGUCUUAUGUUCUUUGAUAGGCCGCUGCUUUGAUGGUCAUAUUUUAGAUAUGAUUGAGUUAGGCAUUGACAAAUUUGUAUCAACAAAGAAAAUCAAGGUAAGGUUAUCAUUAAAUAUUAUAAUGAGAAAAAACUGUAAUAUCGUUAUAAUUGUUCAUGCUGGUACAAGAAUGUUCUCGAUCCCUGAUUAUAGCUGACAACAGACCAUACCUUAGUACUAAGUUUUCAGUUAAAUACUAUACACUGCUUCACCCCAUAUAUUUUUUGUACUGCUGAUAUAGCUAGCCACUUAACAUGUUCAUUGUGGGUCACAAAUCUUAGGUAAAUCAACUUUUGAGCCCUUUAAGGUGAUCAAACUGUGAAGUUCUAGAGCAUGCUGUUACCACAAAAACCAACAUUCCCAGACUGGUACACUGUUGUUAAUGUGGCUCAUAAAGUUAAUUAUUUUCCCCCAUCUAGAAUGUUUGACAACAAAAUGGAGUGGAAAUAAACAACUCUACUCAACAGAGAUCAUACCGAUCCUUACAAAUUACUGAUGCAUGUUCAUUUCAUUACACUACAAGAAUUUACCUGCAGUAGUACUCAAUAUGAGUGGACUUCCGAUACAUUUAGUUUGCAACAUGGCCCUCUACUGAAAAAACUCAGCAUUUAUGUUUGCGUAACAAUCGUUGAUGUUUGGUACUUGCAAUUUUUUCUUUACUAGCCCUCAAAACACAGCAUGGUUAACUUAUUAGUAUUUUAAAAUUCCAAAUUUGUUAUCAAAUGAAAUUUUUUCUGUUUUCUUUCUUUCAGACACUCAAGUGUUCAUUUGGUACAAAACCUUGUUUGUUAUUUUCUGGACAAGAAUUUGAAAAUGGUGCAGUUUACAAAAGAUUAAAAAAUAUCCUCAUAGGUGGGUAUGAGUGAAACUGCAGUGUAUUUAUUUAUUCACAACCUUGUUGUUAGGGUCCUAGUCUUAGAAUAACAAUGUCUGCAUGUCCUUUCUACCUUUUUCUGGUAAAAAGGUAAAGACGCAUACAAGCCAAAGGCCCAAAUGGCCGAGGCUUAUAGCAGUUUCCUUAGCACAAAGCUUGCAUAGGAGUAUUGCUACUUCCCCCUGGAUGGGAUGCUAGUCCAUCGCAGGGUUACCUCCCAGCAGUAUGUCGCUGGUUCCUAUUUAUAAACCUGGGUGAAGAGAGACAAAGUGGAGUAAAGUUCCUUGUCUAGGGAAAUAGCAUGAAAAGCGAUGCUUAAAGCCAGACCUCCAGAUCCGGAGUUCAGGGUGUUAACUUCUUGGCCACACAAACCUUCAAUACUUUUUCUGGGAUUGGAAUCUAUUUGCAUGGUAGAGAGAUGCCCUGGCUACUUGAGCUUCUCUUGGAAAGCCAACUUUUCAUUCCUUUCUUAACAUAAUGCACUAAAGCAUCGACAAAAUAAUAUAGGCUGGAUUAGUAUAACUUACCUGCCCACAGUACCACAAAUGAAUGUACAGGGUGUAUUUUCCCUGGGCACACAUCCUUUUAAGGGCCUAUCUAGCUGAGAUAAAUACCAUGAAAACCCAGGGCACAAAAUUACCUCCCCUCCCCCCCACUUCCUUCUUUUUCAUUAUCACCUACCAGUCACAUCAGUCUGCUAAAUAGAAUGGUUUUGAACAUGCAAACAUCAAUGUGAUUUACAGGUCAAGAAAAAGCCUCAAGACAGCUGAAAAUUCUCGGCGAUAUAGCUGUUCCACAAUUGUCUUCAAGUAUUAAAGGGUGUAAAAUUGCGUUAACGUUGUAUUACUGUACCUUACAGAUUUUUUCAGAGGGCCAGUGAUUGAGAAAGUGCGGUUACAAGGACUGGAGCAUGUUCUUCAGUUUACUGCUGUCGAUGGAAAAAUUUACAUGAGAAGCUACAGGUAAAGUUUUAAGAAAGAUAACCAUAAUAAAUGGGUUUCGAAGGAUUAAACAGCAGGGGCACAUGGUAUCUAAUGGACUAGUAAAAAUGGUCAGACAGCAACAUUCAACAAAUUGAUUUAGAUGUGGCAGAAGUAGUAUUUAAGCAAAGUGCAAAAUUUUAAAUCUAACGUGAUUGCUGUGCUGCCAGCAUGCAAAGAAAAUCAUGUCUGAUAGUGUAGGGCUAAGGCUUCCUCAAUCAAUGCGCAGGACAGAGACCAUUAAAAAAUGCUUUGCUCCCUUACUUCCCACAUGAUGAUGAUGAUGAUACAUUAAGUGGUUGUUAUUUUCCUCAGGGAUAAUAGAGUGAGUGAGAUAUGAGUAUGGAGAGAGGCAAAAUCACUCUUUAUUGGCAGUGAUUCCAACACACACUUGCAUAUGGUACUUGAACUAUCCUGAGGGAAAAAAGGGACUACCUAUAGUCUAGGUUUUUUAAAAAGUUAAGUAAUUUUUGUUUCAUUUCAGAGUGUUAUUAAAGAAAUCAGGAAGUCGAACACCAAGAGUUGAGCUUGAAGAAAUGGGGCCUUCCCUUGACUUUGUUAUGAGAAGAACACAUCUUGCAUCAGAUGACUUAAUGAAGGCAGCCACAAAGGUGCCAAAAGCAGUCAAGGUAAUAACAUGAACAGUUUAUUCAGGCCCAGUUGUUCAAAAGGUGGUUAUAAGAGCUAUCCAAUGGGUAAAUCACUGUCCAGUGCAUAAGUAUUAGGAAAAUCAAUAUUGCAAAAUCUACUGGAUUGAAAUUUAUCUAGUGAAUAGUACUAUAUCCACCUUUUUUACAACAGCACUGAUGCCUGCAUGAGGAUUAAAGAAUUUUAAUUUUGAGAGAAAAGUGAACAUACUUUUCUACUUAAAACUGUUAAAACUAGAAAUGGACUUCUAACAGCCCAUGUAACGGCAAAUUUUACAAGAAGAAUGCCAAGAUAAGUGGGAAUGUAGUUGUUUAGUAAUAAGGAAGAGAGUGAAGAUAACCCAAACAGCUGAAAUAGACAUUGUUAAAUAUGAAUUAGACAUUUUCAAUUUUAAUGGUAGGUAAUUGAAUGAGUCAAAUCAGCUGGGUUAAACUAAUAUUGUUAUGGUUGGUAAAUAUUUGCCUAGUGUUUGGCCCCUUGGCUAAUUCACAUAACAUUUUCAAGAAUGUUUUUGCAAAUUGCUGUUGUUAAUUGAAAAACAGUGAACAUUGUACAGUUUUCAUUGCUAUCAAACCUGUCAAAACUGAUGAAAGACACUUUUAAAUUGAGAUUAUCAUUUCAAAAAUUAUUAAGUACAACAAUACAUUGUAGUUGAGACAGAAUACUAAUUUACUGCAUUCAUAUAAUAACGUGGAAGUUCCAUAUUUUUGAUACAAGUGUUAUAUUUUGCAGCCUAAGAAAGUGAAGAAUGUUUCAUAUGACUCGUUUGGAACCAAGGAAGGAAAAGUUCACAUGAAAAGACAGGACUACACUAAACUUCAGACCAGGAAGAUGAAAGGACUCAAGAGAAAAUCUGACACAUCUGAAACACAGGGAACAAAAAAUAAAGUGAAGAAAAAAAACUAGAUAAAUAAUGGGGUUUAGAUUAUACCUUUUAUUU